AUGCCCUCGGCGCUGCACAGCUCGCUCCUCAAGGCGCGCCUCGCACAGCUGCCGCACAUGCCCGCCGUCGCGCCGCACAGCGUCGCCGCCGAAGGCAGCAGUAGCAGCAGUGCGGCGGCGGGCUCGGCCUCUGGCUCUGCCUCUGCCUCCAUGCCGCCGCCUCGCUUGCACGCGUCUGCCUCGGGCGUGCCACGCGACGCAGCGGCAGAAGCAUCCGGCCACGACGACCUCUCCCCCCUCUCCGCCGCCGACUGCUUUGAGCAGGCGCUGGCUGUCGAGGUGGCAGACGCCACGUUUCGCGUGUACUACACGGCGCCUGCGCCGCAGCGCAAGAGCUCGAGCUCGAGCAGCGCCUCUUCCUCUGCUGCUGCUGCCUCUGCAUCAAGCACUGCGCCACGCUCCACCUCCGCUUCCAGCGAUGCCACGCUCGCUCGUCUGACGCCGCCUCCAGUCCUCGACGACGACGAAGAGUCCGACGCGCCUUCAGCAGCAGCAGCAGCAGCAGCAGCAGCUGCUGCAGCCGCGCCAGCCGACCCCGGCACCCUCUUCGUCCUGCACCACGGCGCCGGCUAUUCGGCGCUCAGUUUCGCCCUCGUCGCGCGUGCGUUGCGGGAGAUGUCCGGCGGGCAAGUGGGCGUGCUGGCGCUGGACUGUCGCGGACACGGGCGCACGGAACAUCCCUCAAGCAGCUCGAUGGCGCUCUCCGAUCUCACGGGCGACCUCCAAGGCGUGCUGCACGCCAUGUUCCCCUCUGCGGCACUCAUGCCUUCCCUGCUCCUCGUGGGGCAUUCCAUGGGCGGCUCCAUCAUCGUCUCGCUCGCCGAGGCUCUUCUUCAGCCACCUUGUUCUCUGCCGCAAGCAAAGAUUGCAGGCGUGGUAGUGCUCGAUGUCGUCGAAGGCACAGCCAUGGCUGCGCUCGGCAGCAUGCGCAACAUCGUGCUUGCUCAGCCCAGCGGCUUCAAGAACGCCGAAGACGCGGUGCGCUGGCACCUUGAGAGCGGCACGAUUCGCAAUGUGGACAGCGCUAGAAGAAGCGUGCCGGCGUUGCUCAAGCCGAAUGACGCUGCCGAUGGUACGGUGGCAGCGCCGAGCAUGGGCACGACUAGCAUCGUCGAGGAGCCGGAGCUCGAGGCGGAGGAAGCCAUCGAGACGCUCUGUUCUCCCUCCAUCACCUCUGCCUCUCUUCCUUCCACCUCACGCCCCACCACCUCCGCGCCGCACGCUCUCAUCUGGCGCGCCAAUCUCCUCGCCACCGAGCCCUACUGGCGCGGCUGGUUCGAGGGCCUGUCGGCGCGCUUUCUCGCCGUCAAGGCGCCGCGCUUGCUGCUGCUGGCGGGCACGGACAGACUGGAUCGCGAGCUGAUGAUUGGGCAGAUGCAGGGCAAAUACCAGCUCGUCGUCUUUCCCGACGUGGGGCAUUCGUUGCAGGAGGACGCUCCCGAGAAGACCGCUCAGACGCUUCUCGACUUUUGGCGGCGCAACCAGGCCGCGCCGCUUCCGGUGCGCGUGCAUCGUGUCGGCCAGUGA